UAGGCACAUGGGACACCAAGCCUCAAACUAGGAUCUCUGACACAGCCACUAUAUCAAACUUUUGUCAGUUAGCAAAAUAUCGUAAAAUAUGAACAUGCUGGUGUCAUUCUCUCUGCUAUUGUUCUCUGAACUGGCUUCAAUGGUAUUAACUUUUCCACAGAGGGAUAUACAGACAGGAACCGUAAUGUCUGUCUUAGUCCAGGAAGAUAUUGAUUCAUUUAUUACCCACAGUAAUUUGGAUGGAAUGGAUCUGAAUACCAAGAAUAGCAGAGUGGCCCGAGCGGCAGAGGACCUGGAGGAAGCAACGAAUGGGAAUGAGCUUUCUACCUUCAACUUCUUCACAGACAAUCCCAAUCAUACAACUAUGCCCAAUCCAGAAAAUAGCACCUCCAUUAUUCAUCCUCCUGUGGGGACUACUGAGUUGGACCAAGUUAAUGCUUCUGAUUUAGGCCUUACACUUAUUCACAAUCCACUAUUUCCGGUGACAGAGAGCUCUUAUAGUGCUUAUGGAGUUCUCUUCCUCUCGCUUGUGGUGUUUGCAGUGGGUAUUGUGGGGAAUCUGGCAGUAAUGUGCAUCGUGUGGCACAACUAUUUCAUGCGAAGUGCCUGGAACUGUAUCCUGGCCAGCCUAGCUUUCUGGGAUUUUUUAGUACUGUGCUUCUGUUUACCGGUAGUUGUUUUUCAUGAGUUGACCAACAAACGACUUCUUGGAGAUUUCUCUUGCAAGGUUGUGCCAUACAUGGAGGUAACAUCUUUGGGUGUGACAUCUUUUGGCCUCUGUGCCCUGGGCAUUGAUCGCUUUCAUGCUGCAACCAGUUCUCAGCCCAAGGCACGGAGAGUGGAACGAUGCCAGUCAGUGUUUGUUAAGCUUGUAGUGGUAUGGUUGGGCUCAAUGGUCCUGGCAGCUCCAGAACUUCUGUUAUGGCAGCUACACCCAGUUAAGUCUGCUAACCUGGGCAUAGUGGUUGAUUCCUGUAUUAUGAGCCCUUACACCGACCUUCCUGAGUCCAUUUAUGCUAUUGUGAUGAACUACCAUGAAGCACGUACAUGGUGGUACUUUGGCUGCUAUUUUUGCCUACCUGUGAUUUUCACAUUACUAUGUCAAUUAGCCACUUGCCAUGUGUCAGAGGGAAGCACAGUCAAGAGUUCAGAGGACCACUUACCUUCCAAGAAACAGAAGUUGCAACAUGUACAACAGGUAGAGCGGCAACUGAACUGCACUGUCUUGGCACUGAUUGUAGUCUAUGGCUUGUGCACCCUUCCUGAGAAUGUGUGUAACCUAACACAAGCAUAUGCCCCACUGCAAGUAUCUGAGAGUGUGGCAGCACUACUGGUGCUUAUCAACCAUUUUUUUCUUUUCUUCAAGUCAUCUGUCACACCAGUGCUACUACUGUGUCUUUGUAAGUCUCUGGGACAGGCUUUCAUGGACUGCUGCUGCUGCUGUUGUGAGGAGUGUCAUCCAGUUGCUGCCAGAUCCUCCUUUGUCUCCACCGGCACAACAGGCUCAGAGAGUAAGCUGAAGAGCUCUGUGGAUAUGUCUUCCUCCAUUUUUUUUGAUAAAGCAAAGGACAGUUCCUCCAUCCUUGCCGUUGGAACAUCAAGCUGAGGAAGGGUCUUGUUCUUGUGUCCUACAUGAUGGAUUUCUUAGUGACAGGACUCUAGUUUGGCAGUGGAAAUGUAGUUACAGCUGAUAGCUUCCAGGUCCAGUGUUGUGGUUGUGUUCUUGUGUUACCCUAACAAUGUGUAAGUCUGAAAAAACUACAACAUAUAGAGUAUAACUAGUGAUCAUAACUAACAUAUCUCACAACAUGCAAGACAUGCUGAAAUGUGAUAUGGAAGACAAUCUGGAAUUUGUGUAAAAACUAGAUUGAUUUGAAAACCAAUUGUAUGCUGAAAGAAACGGCUUCAUGAUACUAGAGUCUACUUUAAAAUACAAGAAAAAAUAUAGCCGCAAGCGGCAAUGGCGGGCCCGAGCACCUGCGGGCCGCAACCCGUGACAUUUCAGGAUCCAACAA